AAAACUAUAAUAAAAAACAUGUUAUUUCAUCGCUUUUAAGCCAUUCAACGAUUCAUAAAGAAUGAGACAAUUCUAUACAUUGAAAGAGAUAUUGUGUUCUCUAUAUUACUUGUAUUGAAUUGGAGUCUCAACUCAUAAAUUGUGGUCAAUCUUCUUGAAUCCAUUGAACACCAAAGCAAUGAUGUCUCCGAGUGUGGAAUCAAAUGAUAUCAUUAACAUUAAUAUAAACACAAUUAACUCAAACCCAUCAUUAAAAAAGCAAGUGUUGUGUAACUCAGAGGACGGUCUUUCGCUGAAGAGCAGUCACGCCAUCACAACCCGCCCUUCAGUCUUCUGUAUCGAACAACUCCUUAAUAAUGGCAAACAUGUGAGGAAUAGCAGUAGUCAUACCAUUCAUGGCAUCACAACAAACCCAUAUCAAGACAACUCGACAAAUGAGUCUCAACUCAUUUCAAAAAAUGAAUAUCAUGUACAUGAGAAAGACAAAGGAAAUGAUUCAGGGUCAGACAACAAUGAAGACGACACCGAAGACAUGGAUAAAUGCAAUGAUAUGGAGAGACCGCGAAAGAUACGGAGAAGUCGGACCACUUUCACUACAUAUCAAUUGCAUCAAUUGGAGAGAGCCUUUGAAAAAACUCAAUAUCCCGAUGUCUUUACCCGAGAAGAGUUGGCUCUUAGGCUAGACUUGAGUGAAGCGCGAGUUCAGGUUUGGUUUCAAAAUAGAAGAGCGAAAUGGCGUAAAAGAGAGAAAGCAAUGGGAAGAGAGAGUCCGCCAAUCUAUAUGAACGGCUCGAACGCUAACUCGACCUUAAAUUUAAGCACAAAUCUGGAGCAAAACGUGAACCGAAACAAUGAGUUUUUGUAUUUGAAUCCUUCAGUACUAUUACAGUCUCCGAUACCUUCGCCGGCAAUGCAUUCAAUGGGAUCAGUGAAUGGAGUGACCGAUAAUUUCUGGAACUUAAGUCACGGCCCGUUGUCCUCAUCGCCGCUGCCAUCACUUCAUCCAAAUUCAAUUGGUUUGUCUCAAUCGUCUUCAUUACCCAAACAAAUGGCCAAUCCGUGGAGUUCUGCCCUAUUCUCCGCUUAUAUGCUUCACUUGUGGCCAAACAGUCCAAAUGGUAACCAUUCGGUCGCCGGUAGAGUGAGUCCCACGAGUUUACACGCACUGAAGCUGAGCGGUAUGUCCGGCGGUGUACCCCAUAUGGCCUCCAACCACGCCAACCACCCCAACCAUCCCAACCACUCCAACCACGUUCACUACUCUGGUUCCCAGCAGUCAAUGUUGGAGUUGUUGCGUCAGUCGGCGGCUCAGCAUCACAUCUCAUCGUCAACUGUUGGCUCUCAAAACUCUGACAAUAAAUCUAAUAAUAAAGACAAAAGUGUGGGAAGUAUUGGCAAUAUUGGCGAAGACAGCAACUGUUUGCCCAAAAAGGCUUAA